AUGCAAUCACAGUACCCAACGACAUCCCAAAACGCGACCACCGAGCAAGACACCCCCAACCUCACGCUCACCCGCCAAUAUGGACUUCCACACCCCGAUCCAUCCGUCCCCUUGCUCCCGGCAGACGAUGCUGGCGCAAGCACGACGACGGAGCAUAACGCCGCGCACGCAGCGUCUUUGCGCGAAGGGCUGUCGCGAUCCGAAAGGAGGCGACUGAGCUCCGAGCGCGGCACGUCGUCGUCGUCGCCACCUUCUUCGGGGCUCAAUCGGAUUGCCGAGUAUGAGAAUGCUUCUACGCCGCCGAUGAGGAAGAAUAAAGAGGUGGGGUUUGAGGUUAUUAAGAAGUCGAGGAGUCCGGGCGAUAAGAGUUCUCCUAUUCAGGAUUUGCCGAAUGAGGUCUUGACGCAUGCGCUUGCGCACCUUGCUCCUUCGGAUCUGACUUCGGUCGCGCUGGUGUCGAAGCGCUUUCACGACCUCGUUACGGGUCCGCAUGCUUGGCGCAGCGCAUUCGCGCACUACUUCCCGGGUCCCGAUUCGCUCAGCCUGGUCUUCAACGAUGAUGAUAGCGAGAAUCAGGACAUGAUACGCACUGAAAGACGCGCAUUUACGCGCCUUACUGCGUUGGCAUCAUGGCGAAGCGAGUACAUCAUGCGCACCCGACUGCUGCGUUCGCUCGCGCGUGGAAAACCAGUUCAAGUCAUUGCAUCGCCCAGUGCGGCGCGGUCUGGACAAUCUCAUACCGCUGCACCAAUCACCAUGUACAACUCGCAGCUGUUCACGACGAUCAACCAUCUGCACGCUUCAUUCGGCACGGGCUUGAACAAACGGCCGCCUCGCUUCAUUCAUGGCGCCGAUGAUCAGGGCACGGCGACUAGCAGUGAUCCAAGCUCGGGCAAAGUGGACAAUUGGGGGCUCGGGGAUCCGCAGUUCUUCCUACAAUUCACGGAACGUUUUCCCGGUGAUGAACAAUACGGCCUCGGACCAGGUGAAGUGGUGGGCGUACCGAAUGUCAUGGAUGUUAGUCAACCGCACGGAAUGGUCCAUGGAGAGGGCUCGCCCGGUGGCAUGACUUACUAUCGCUCCGCCGAUGAGAUGCGCGGCCGCUUCUUGCUCUUUUCGUCCGCCAUGUCUGACCCUGAGCUCGGCAUCCCCAGGAUUCCCUCUACGAUCGAAGCUAUCUGCUCAGUCUGGAUUGCAAAAUCCUCGGUCAUCCCGUCGAUGACGGAAAGCCAGAUUGGACUCCUCUCGGGUUCAUCUCUGGGCGUGUUGACGGCGUACAGUCUGGGAUCGACGCCGACUAGCUCCAAGGGAGAGCAGCGAUUCGCACGCGGCGCGAUGACGGCUCGAUGGGUGCUCAGCCCUGGCGUUCCGUUAAUCGCUAUCGCCAUCGACAAUGACUAUAGCAUGCAACGCCACGCGCAGAAUCGCAUCUGGGCCGUCGUCCUCAACGCUCUCGGCGAAGUUUUCUACCUGACAAAGUUUCCGAAACGCCCUCACAUCGAGCGCGGCGCGAAGCUCACCGACGAAGCCAUUGAACGCAACGCCUGGCUUGCUGGACGAAGCGUGUACUGGAACCUGGUGGAGCCCAGUCGGCGCACCGCACGACCUGAUCCUUAUGCCGACGGCGCUACGCUUGACGGUGGCCAUUCGCCUCGCUCGUCUUGGAAUGGCAUGUGUCUGAGCAAAGAUCAGAUUCAGGCGGAAACUCGCGAGAUCGAAGCUUUUGUGACCCGUAAGCCGAAAGAUUUCCAGAAGGUGUGCCUAGGAUGGGACAUGCGACGGAGGCUGGAGGUCGAUUUUGCGGGAGACGAUGGCAACAAUGCCGGCGAGCAUGUCGUGGUUUUCGAAUGCGGACUCGAUGAAGGCGGCGUUGCUGGCGUCAAACGCUGCACUCGGUGUCGCUUUCAAGAUCGCCAGAGUAAAGACGGCGCUUUGACGCCUCCGUUGACCCAGGGCAGUACAGAGCCUUCGGAGUCGUCACCGUCGCUCUUUGGUGGAGCUACAGCACCGACGGCAGAGCCCGAGUCCUUCUCUCUUGAGCGUUUGGAGGAGGCCUUGUCUCGAGAGGAUUUCGAUGGGUCAAUCACUCCCAAACCCAUGAGCGAAGAGUGGCGCCAGUCGGAAUUUACGCUCAACGGGAUUCGACAUCUCCAAAUCACAGCGACGACUCUGGACAUCUCGACUUUUGCAACUCAGACAAUCUCCGAAGAUCCGCUCCUCAGCUUCUCCGGCCGAUCCACCGCGUCAUCCCCAUCAUUGACUCCCAUGUCACAGACUGAACCCAUCGCCGAUCCCGCAGAUAUGCCAGGCCAACGUGCUCGGCUUUUCGCUGCUGGCACCAAAACCGGCAGCGUCUUCAUCUGGAACAUGCGCGCCUCGGUGCCCAAAUCUGCAGACGUGUCUAGCGUCAUCGAGCCCGUGCGGGUUAUCUACACCGACUCUCCGGAGAUUUCAUGCCUUGCCCUGUCCUCCCUCUACCUCGUCAGCGGCGGCAAUGAUGGCCUGGUGCAAGCCUGGGAUCCCCUCGCAUCCAACAUGCAGCCCAUUCGAACUCUCAACUCUCGCUUCUCCUCUCGGGCCCGUCGCCGCCUCGUCCAAGCUCAAGCAUCCCCGCAAGGCGUAGGCAUCAAUCUUUUCGCAGCCGGCGCCAUCUGUCUCGAUCCGGACGCGACGGUCCUGCGCGGCAUGGUCUCACUCGGCACCCACUUACGCUACUGGUCCUACAGCUCUUCCGCCGCCGACCAAUACAAGUCGCAGAAGCGGCGUCUCCGCCGAUCAGAGCGCGGCAGCAACAAUGGCGGCGCGCACUUUUCUGGCGCCACGAGGAGCAACUUACAGGCCUACAUUGAAAGCGAAAAAAUCGAGCUCGAUCGCGAAGUGCAGCAGAGCAGGAAAGACGCGCAGCGCUUCGCGGGCCGCUUUGGUACGGGUUUGCUGGAUGGGAGUGAGGAGGAGAUGCUGGCUUAUGCUGCGAUGCUUAGCCAGGAGUCUCUGGAGCAGGAGAAGAUGCGACAAGCGUCGGCGGAUACGAGUGCCACGGACAAAACAGGUGGACUUGCCACGCCGGCUCGAAGCAAAGCAACGCCCCGCACCAACACCGCCAGUCCAUACUCCACCCCCGUCAAAACCGACGACGAACUCGACGCCGACAUCGCCGAAGCCAUCCGUCAAAGCCUCAAUCCCUCCACCCUCCCCAGCAGCACGCCCGACAUCCCCAUCCGCCAAGCCAAACAGCGAGGCAAGAAGUCGACGCCGCCUUCUUCUUCGCGCCUCUCGGCUACUACUUCGCCGCUCCUGGCGGGCGCCAGUCGGCGGCUGAGCGAGAGUGAGGAUUUGGAAUUCGCGCUUCAGCUGAGUUUGGCGGAGGAGCAGAGUCGGGUUGAGAAUGAAGGUGGGCGGGAGGAAUUUCCGCAGCUUACGCCUUUGGAUGGAGCACAUCAUGGCAAGGGGAAGAAGAGGGCUGCGUGA